AUGACACUUAUAUCAUUAAAGACUAAUUUAAAUCGACAAAUACAAUUGUUAAAUGAAGCACGUGAUAAUGAUGAACAACAACAACAUUCACCAUUUACAACAAUUCAUCAAUGUUCACAAAUUCGUUGGUUAUCUAUUUAUGAUUUACUUGAAAGUAUCAAACGAUCACAUGAACCACUACGAGCAUUAUUACUUGAAUGCAAACAAUCACAUCGUAUUGAAAAAAUUAAUAUGGUGAUAGUCAAUCAAUUAAUUGAUUUUUUUCAACCGUGGCGAAAUGUUUUAAAAGAAUUACAGAGAGGCAAUGCACCAUCCCUGUAUGUAGUAUUUCCGCGUAUAAAUUAUUUACAAGAAGAUUUACGUAAACGUGAACGACAAGGAAAAAGUGGUAAGAUAUAA